CGGACCCCCUCCAGUACUUGUUAGCUGGCUUUUCACGGUGAAACACCCACUCACUGCUGUCGACAUGGCGAGUCUGUUUGGCGCCGUGGCCAUGCUGGCCGUGUUGUUUGUGGGGUUGAGCGUGCAGGCCAGCCGGUCGCACACAUCUGUGCUGACUGUGCCAAACGGAGAGCGGUUUGGAACAUGGAUGUGGCCCGAGAUGUGUCCUGACCAGUACUUUGCUGUUGGCUUCAGUAUCAGGGUGGAGUCCAGCCAGGGCAAAGGCGACGACACGGCCUUGAACGGCAUCCGCCUCAUCUGCGGCAAAGACGGGGAGCUGAACUUCAUGUACACUGCGGAGUCUCACCCUGGCUUCUGGGGCGGGUGGUCCAACCCUCAGUACUGCCCCAGUGGCGUGCUCACCUCUUUCCAGCUCCGCGUGGAGGCCCAUCGGGGCAACAUCGACGACACCACCGCCAACAACAUCAAGUUCCGCUGCAGCAGCAACCCCACGCUGGAGGGCACCGGCAUGGGCUGGGGGGAGUACGGCCCCUGGAGCCCGACUUGUGCCGACGGAGGGAUCUGCGGCAUCGAGACCAAGAUAGAGGGACAACAGGGUAGAGGGGACGACACCGCCCUCAAUGACGUGCGCUUCCGUUGCUGUGCCAGAGCCUAGCAGUGAUUGACAGAUGAGCAGCUCGGUCCGCCCCUCCUCCGUCACCCUGAAUUAAACAAUGACAAAUAAUAAAGUGCUCAUUUGAA